AAGGCUACUUCUCCCAUUAGAAUCUACUAGUAAGUGCCGUUCCCGAGAUGAUGCUGCGCGCUCCCUGAAAAUGUUGCGCAGGUUGUAAUGGAAAGGCGACAGGGAAGCGCGUUCAGUCAUCUGCCGUCCAGCCAUCUUCUCCAUUGAAGCUGAGUGCGGCCAGUGGACUUCAGGACAUAACACCUGCAGCAGCAGGAGAAGGAAGAAGAAGAGGAGGAGGAGGGGGUCAUAUACAUAGAUGAAGGAAUUUGCAGCAGCCUUUGGCACGGUGGCAGAGCUGCAAGAAGAGGCAGCCAUCCAGUUUGGGGAGGAGGGGGGCAGUGCCAUAGGAAGAAGAAGAAGAAGAAGUGUCACCACCUGCACAGGGUUGUAAACACUCGGGAUAGGUGCUGCAAGUCUCCACAACCUGUGCAGAGGUGUCAGGGGGUGUCAAGAUCCCAUGCACACACUACUACCAGGGCAGCUGGGCACACACUACUACCAGGGCAGCUCAUACCCAGGGACAGGCACUGUCAGGGCACACAGGACAUUGGAUGCCAAUGAGAAGAAGUGUCUGUGCAGAGGCAGAAGCGUAGUAUUAGUAGUAGUAGUAGAGCAGCCAGGCAUUGCAGAGGGGGUGUGUCACUCUGCUUCUCUAACAUAGGAGAUAGACCCAUCUGCAUUGGGUGCAGGCUCUAACAGAGAACCAUCUGCAUUGGGUAAGGGACUCUAACCCAGGGAAAAGCCACAUCUGCACUGAGUAGGGGCUCCAACAUAGAGAAAAAGCCCCAUCUGCAUUUAGUAGGGGCUCUAACACAAGGAAAAGCCCCAUCUGUAUUUAGUAGGGGCUCUAACACAAGGAAAAGCCCCAUCUGCAUUUAGUAGGGGCUCUAACACAAGGAAAAGCCCCAUCUGCAUUUAGUAGGGGCUCUAACACAAGGAAAAGCCCCAUCUGCACUGAGUAGGGGCUCAGUCUACAAGAGGACUGGAUAGCCCUGGGCACAGGGAGACAACCCACAGCCUGGCAUGGAGCUCUCCGCAAUUGGGGAACAAGUGUUUGCAGUAGAGAGCAUUCGAAAGAAGAGAAUACGAAAGGGAAAAGUGGAAUAUCUUGUGAAGUGGAAGGGCUGGCCCCCAAAAUACAGUACUUGGGAACCAGAAGAACAUAUCUUGGAUCCACGACUUGUAUUGGCUUAUGAAGAAAAAGAAGAAAAAGAAAGAGCUGCUGGCUGCAGGAAACGUGGCCCAAAACCUAAACGCCUCCUCCUGCAGAGGUUGUAUGGUAUGGACCUGCGUAGUGCACACAAAUCAAAAGAGCGAAAACUCUGCUUUUCUCUGUCUCGAAGAUUCAGCAGUGGGCUGGGGACCAAACCUGCCGCUACAUCCUCAGUGCCAGAGAAAGCCAAAUCACUGCAAUUCCCACUCAGCAAACAGCGCAAGGGGAGAAAGUUUCUGUGCCUGUCCCGUAAGAAGUUUCUACGGGUGCCUACCUUUGAGUCUCUAAGUCGAAGGUCAGAGUUCUUUGCCAAGGAAGAUGAAAAGGAAGAUGCAAAGGAAGAUACACAGACCAUCCCUGACUGGCAAGAAGAGAAAUCUACUGAGGAAGACAAGCAUGAAGAAGAGGAAGACAAGCAUGAAGAAGAAGAAGACAAAGAAAAACAUGAAGAUGAAAAUAAAGAUGAUACAAAGACAGCCACUUCACCUCCCUGGCUUCCUGCUGUACCCACACCUACUGAGAUCAUUGUUACUGACAUCACCUCAAAUUCUGUCACAGUGACAUUCCGUGAAUCCCGGUCGGCAGACGGCUUUUUCCGGGACCGUGGUGUCGAUUUCUAGCUGCACCAUUCCAGUCUGUUGUAUCUUUCUCAUAUUCUUCUUUCUUCCUCUACUGAACUGAAGUUUAAUGCGGAGCUCCACCCUAAAGUGGAACUCCCGCUAAUCGGAACC